UCACGGAGAUUACACGGUAACCUCGCCCAAACCUCUCUGUGCUACACAAAGGAUCAUAAAAUCCAUUUGGUAAAGUCUGCUUUUAUUCCGAACAGGAAAGACAACAUUUUUACAAAAAAAAAACGGGUGUAGUCUUGACAAAAUCCGCGAUUGUUUCGGGUUGAUAUAAUUUCGUUGGUUUUCAAAAAGCGAAACAGUUUGGUACGGUGAAUGUGAAUGCUUAUUAUCGAUAGGAUUUUUCGUUUCAUAUUUCUUAGCAUCGUUCGAAAGCCAGUCGCAUCUUGAUGGGGAAAUUGCUGCAUUGGCAGAAAAUAGUAACGCGUGAAGACAGGCAUUCAAAGUUAUAGGAAAAUCCGUAGAACUCUUGUAUUGUACCUACUAAAUAGUGGCCUCGCGAGUGUGUGAAUUUUGUUUCAGGUAAACACAAUCUCGAGACGUAAAAAGAAGGAUUUUACUAUACAGUAUUUGCCAUAAUGAUCAGUAUCUGGUACAACAACAAUGAUCUGAGCCGUGACUGGAUUCGUAUUGCUGGGCGAUAGUACCCGUCAUACCCUAACAAAGGGUUUCGUCCAAAGAUAAGGCAUCCAACCGAACCAAGUGCUCAACUGAACUCAUCGCAUCAGCAACAGCAACGUCGCCACAGCCAACAUCUGCAACAAUACCAGCCGACACCACAGCAGCAAUCCGGACAUCCGUCACAAUCAACAUCCGCCUCGCACGCAUCUUCGAACACACCAACCGCCGGCCGGUCUACUUCGGAUAGUACAAAGGUUAUGGGCAAACACGAAAUGAAGCGCGGAAUAUCACAGAGAUCAUCGGAUGCUGGAGUUUCAGACUCCCCCAAGCAUUACGGUUCAGCCUCGUCCAAUUUGGUUGGAAAAUUCACCCAAAGCGUGCGGCGGAUCGUGCAAGAUGUCAAAGAUGAAGGAUCGCCAAGUGGGAUGAGCCGCGAGGAGCUGAUCGAAACCAAUGAGCGGUUACGAGCGGUUCGUAUACGACUGGAAGAAUCAUACGACACGGCGAAAAAGGCACUGGUGACCUUGAUGAACAAGUACGGAGACUCCAAAAGCCAACGGAACGUUUUCAACCGUUAUCCGAUGUUGAAAUUGAUGAUUAAGGACGUCAUUCGUUUGGAAACACAGUACUGGACGCUAGUGGAAAUCCCCAAACAAGAAAAGCUCGAAACAGUCCCUGCCUUCGUGCUGCGUGCGUGUAGCAUCAUGGAAAAAUCGCAAAAGUCCGGGGAAGGAGUGAAGACCUCUGCCAAACUGGCAGAGGAAGCCGCUGAGAAACGAGAACGGAUGGAACGUCUGGAAAUGAUGACGACCGCGCAGGUCGAGCAGGAGAACACGCAAAUGAUCAAUGAUUUGUAUCGCUUACUGAAAAAAUACACCGGUUUGAGAAACCUAAUCCGUGAACUGAAGUCAGAGUAUGGAAAUUCCAAAAUCUACCCAAUCUUUCCCCGAUACACGAUGUUGAAGGAUAUGAUCAAGGAUAUUAUGCACGACCCCGACUACAUGGAAGUUUGCCAUGAGCGUACAUGAAGUCCAGUAAGUAAAAGCUGUCCACUUCGCUCACAACUUGAUGUGAUGAAGCGAUGGUACACAAUAGGCUGUGAAAUACUCCUAUUUCUUCAUUUACCCUGGUUGUUGGUAUAACACAAAGGCCAUACAAACACUGGAUACUUUGUCUGCCGCAUUACGUAUUUUUGGAGGAUAAUGUGCAAUGGUUCAAGUCAGCAAAAGGUUGAAUUUCAAUAGCUCAACUAAAAUGAAACAAAGUCGGAUGCAAACAAAGCUUGGCACAUUUCUGUGUAAAAUGCGAUGACUAAUCACAAAACCACAAACAUCCCACCCCAUCAAAACUAUCUUUAUCUAUACACUUUAAAAGUAAAACUAUUGUAAUAAAAAUCAACAAACCGAAUCAUCGCGAUAACAAAAUUUCGAAACUUCCCACCUUUCGAUGUGGCACGAAUAAGCAUAUUAUGAAAUAAUAUUUACACGCGAAACUGAUUCAAGGAAGCAAAUGUAUUAUUUUUGUUCCGAACACACUAUUUUGUAUACUUCAGGAAAACCAAAAUGAAUACACAAAUAACAUUACAGACUUUACCCUAUUGCAGAAAUAAAAAGUCAUCAUAAUAAUCUGAAUAACACGAAAAAGACCAAUAUUAGCUACAACUAGACAAACAAAAAAGUGUAACAAUAUAACUGAAGAAAUUCAUAGAAGCAAAUAUAUAACAGAGUCGAUGCAUUUAUCUGGUAAACGCUUUUCUUGUACCAUAAUAGAGAAGGGACUCUGGAAUAUUAAGCAUAAACACUAGAUGAAACCGCCCGGGCGAAUGGGCGAAUGUUUUGGUUUUCCAGUACUGGACGAUGGCAAGAAAACGAACAACACACUAAACAGCGGUAGAUAAUGAUAUAAUUGCUUUUAAGAAUCAAUUUUCAUUUUUUUAGGAACAAGGACUCAAAAGUGAUGGCUUUCGUUUUUGUGGAGAUGGGCCAUGUUGAGGAAAAAUAAACAACAAAGUAGUUAGUGAUACAUAAUAAAAUUGUAACAAAACGCGACAAAUUUACACAAAUAGUAGUCUUAGUAGACAGUCUCAGUUCAUAUCCAGACCCAACACCUCAUUCAUUGUUCCACGAAAACGAUCUCCAAAGCCCAUAGUUUAUUCUAAAAAGUUAAUUAAAAUCUUGUUCGAAUUCGUAUGCAAAGUAUCAACUAAUGCGUUAGUUUAACCCGAAAAUAAGGUAAUUAGUUCAGAAAUGUUUUAUUUGUUGCCAAUUUAAAUAAACAAAAUGGAAGCUUAUUGGCUGCUACCGAAUAACAAACUAUAAUAGAUAUUAGAUAUAUGAAACGAUAAAAUAAAUUGUACUGUAGAAUAGAUUAGAACCUGUUCGUAGUGGUUCUGUAAAAACAAGUAGUUUUUGAUUGGUAGAGGAUGUCAAAUCAAAAACUUGCAUCGGUUACUGUUACAAGUUGAUUCAACUAUAGUUUCACAAGUAAAGUGUGAGCAGUUUUUUCCCAUCCGUAUUCACCAAUAAUACCCGUAUAGAUUUAGAAUAGAAACCAGAGUUUUUAUUAUGUUUUUUGAGCUGAUAUGAUCAACAUAUCCGCUGAUGACGUGAUUUGAUCUAUUGAAUGACGUAUUUGAUACAUUUUCUUUCAUGGUAGCAUUUGAAUGAGCUCAGACUAUAAAACUGUUUAUUUUUUUUUUCGAUUAGUUUUUCAAGUCAUAAAAAGUUAAAUAGAAUGGUAUACAUGAGGUUUACUUUACGACAAUGAAUAUGCAACUAAUGAUCGAAUUCAUUCAUUACAUACAAUACUAUACUGCACUUCUUUGUGUUCUGUACAUCACCCAAUUAUCCCUCGAGUGAUACAACAGAAUAAAAGAAAAAAAUGCGCAAGUUUAUAAUGUUUAUUUCACAUCUAAUUUUCAACUGAUUCAAAAUAUUGCUUAACUGACUUUAAUAACACAUCAUUAACAUCCUCAAGGCGACGCCGGUAGCUACAACAAGAUUUUCGAAUGUAGUCCUCUGACAUUGGCAGCCAUGGGCGCGUUAUAGCAGACUUCAGUGUCUUCAAACUAUGUUGUUUUGCAUCCUUGUGCUUCAAAAUACGCCCAAAUCGAAAAAAUCAUCCAGUUGAGCCCAGACUGCUAGAGGCUCACGAAUCUUUCGACGGCAAACUUCAUGUUUUCCAUCUGCCUUCGUUUGAUUUGAUUUGACGUGUGAAAUUGUGCUAUUGAUAUUGAGAGAAAUAGGCUUUUUCAGAAAUGUUGGCCAAUGCAGCAACAAGUAAAAACUUUGAGUGCAAAAACAGGAUGAAAAAAAAUUUUUUUUUUGAAGAACCGGUUAAGUUUUUGUAUGGUUUUUGCAUUCAAAGUUUGUUUAUCUGGUUCUUACAAAAAAGAUAUUUUUAAACGAUUCUUGCGUUGCAAAAUACGAGUCCGGUUUUUGCUUCCAACGUUUUAGUCGGUUUUUGCAUUCAACCAUUAUCUGAUGACUACAAUUAGAGUAUUCGAACGUCUAUUUGAUUUCAUUGUUCAGAAUAUGUACAAUACAUCCGAACCAAGUCGUUACUCGCAAUCGCGAGAAUUACACUGGAUCAUGGCAAAAAAGUAGUCUGGUCUGGUGGUAGAAAUUUCGCUUCUGCUCUCCAUGUUUAUAAACAUAGGAAUGUUCAUUAAAAAAUAAUGCCACCGGCCACAAUGCUCGUUGGAUAAAUAAUGUUGCUUAAAAGUAAUAUUACCACCUUUAUCUUAUUAUGAAUCAUUUAAUCAAGUUGGAUUCUUCGUAUCAUUCAGAAGUUUAGUAGUAAAUUAUCAUUCGUAUUGUUAUGCGAUAUGACUAUUUUAGUUACCAUAAGUAAAAGUCCUACGAGGAAAUAAUAAUUUAAAAGAAAUGCAGCACAUAAAUAUCCGAACAAUAAUUGGUUUCUAUGGCUUUUUACUCAUCUUCAAAAAUGUUCUUCUGCUGUUUUCGAAAUUUGUUUUUAUACUACGCUUCUAUUUAAAAUGCUACCAUGAAAACGAGAAGUAAUGAUUGACAUUAUCCUGUACCAUUCCCGCGUAUCGAUUGUCAUAUGUAAAUGUACAACUGUUGAAAUUAAUGUUGAUAAAAAAUAUCUUUUAUUUACACGUACCCACACUUGCCAAACUGCACUGCAAUGCAGUUUCUUAAACACUCACCCAAUGAAACUGAAUUCAUGAUGUUCCAGGAAGAAUAGGGAAAUAUAAUUCAUAAAAUAGAACCAUUGAAUAGCAAUGGGAAUUAUCAGUUACAGUAGGAGCACAAUGUAAUGCUCAGCAAUAGAAUGGAAGAUUAGAUCUAGGUUGCAAAUAAAAUUAUAGCCGUUAGUUUAGUUUGGGUUAGACUCGUUAAAGUGUUGAUCAUGAUACCAAUUCCAAGCCAUAGAUAACUUGCCAAUUCAAAAUGAUUUUCCGAUUGUUCAACUAGUCGUAAAUAUAGUUAACUUGUCGCUGCCCGGAUAGCAAAGUUGAGCAGGAUGGGAUGCAUCAAUUUUUGCAUAUCAAUUUAAGACCCAUGACAAGCAUAAACAUGCUACUCAUAUUAAUAUCUGAAUUACGCAAUAAAGUUAACUUGGCAAUUUACUGUAAGUUUAAGAAAUCCUGGCCAAUGGCAAAUACAGAACAAAUUGAAAAUUAUACAAUUGUUUUCAUUUAAAAAAAAGUGCAUAUUUUAUCUUAAUAGUACGCCAAUGAAUCAUCAUGAUAUGCACAAAUUAGUGCUACACAUUUUACACAACUAUUUGGUAUAAACAAAUGAUUAGCGUAGCUUAAAGUUAGCAUCCAAAUCUCGAACGAUCGAUGCGAGGGUGCAUCCGUUCGAAAUUCACAAGCAGCCUUUCUCUCGUAAAGUCAGUUUGCCUAACAGCGACAGUGUAUUUGGAUAAAAUCAAUAUUGCAAGUAUAAAGCUUUUUACAAGCUAUUCGAGCUUUUAUGUGAUGUAGAAGUGCACUGUCGACAAGAUUAUUUUUCAUUAGCUUUUUAAUAAAAACUUCUUACUAUUGCAAACUAUCAAUCAAGCACAUACCAGAAUUAUUUAUUUUUAUAUUGUUAAAUAUUUCAAAACGCACCUUAAGCGUUGAGAAUACCAUAGCUAACUAUCAUAUUAAGAGUUCGGUCAAAUCUCGGUAGUUUGCCAUCUAAUACUAAUCCAUGUUAAGCCUACGUGUGUGCUGGCCACACACGGUAUCUCCACUUCAAUAGCAGAUGCGAGCAGCUCGAAAGCGUUCAUAAAUUUGCAUUCAAUUAAAAAAUCGGAUUGUUUUUUAUGAUUGCAGCAGUUUUAUUUCUGAUGAAACUAUGCGACAAUAGUGUAUUGUAGGUUUGUACAGCCUACAACAAAAGAAUUAUUAUUCGUAAUGAACAGCAGUUUAUUAAUUGUUAAACAAUGAUUUAUCUAAAUGCUAGAAGUUUUUACGUCUCUAAGUAUGUAUUAAAAUAAAAUCAUUAUGUUCGGUCAACUGUUGAGCGUUUCAAAUUAAUCCAAAUAAAUAUUACUCUGCAAGGAUCAGUAUUUUGCCAAGAUGGUUUACGUAUUAGAAAAACAACUGUCCAUAUUAUUCAUAUUCUUAUGAAUACUAUUUUAUUUUACAGAAACUAGUAACAAAUGAUAUGUAAAACGAAAAUUCUACGUAGGUAACCUUUUGGCGCCAAAUUAAUUUAUAUAUUUUUGAAAUGCUUUCAUAUCAAAUGCACUAUGCAUUAUAAUGCUUCGUAAUGGUUUAGACAUGUGUUACUCUAUCAAACACGUUUAAACACAACCAAAUCCCUUAAGACAAAUGCUUAUGUGUCUAGAAUAACCAAAAAGAAGAUCCACGGAAUACCCCUAAGCAUCAAACCUAUCAAUUAAUCCCCCACAAAAUAAACACUGAAAGCUUUAUCUAACAUUAAAAGAACACUAAUGCUACUAUAAACGAGCCAAUCACAUUGAAAGUAUCUAACAACCUCGACCCAAAACAAUAAAUGUGUUAUCAUUUCAAACGGAUAAGAACCGUGAUUCGAAAAACACUGAAAAUUAAAUGAACAUACUCCUAUCCCUCCGUAUUUGAGAUAACUGAAGAAAAAUCUUUCAACUUCAUACAAAACAACAGCCACCACGAAGAGGUGAUAUUUAAAAGUAAAUUUAUUUCAACUAAGCUGUAUCACUGUUAACAAAGCACUUCGUGAAACCCAGCCAACAUCCAGCGAAAAUCCGAGUCAUUAAUUGCGAAAAAGUUAGCACCGGAAAAUUUAAACGGCAUCAGAAAUGGGACUUUAUAAAAAAGAGGAAAACAAACUGGUGACAUUUAAUAAUAAAUUAAGAAAUCAAAUUGGCGACCGCAUACAUGAGAACGAUCAAACAAAUAAGAAAACUGACUCUCAUUUGCAGCGAUACAGAGCAUAAACCAACCAUUAAGGUUAAGCAUAAUGAAACAUUGUGUAAGUGUAUGCUAAACGUAUUUUUGAUUAUUAUUUAUAUGAAAGUGGAAAUAUAAGUUAUUUACAAAUC